AUGCGUAAUGAACGUCUUGUCGUCUACAAACUUCUUCGUUCGAAACGCAUAACUUCGUACAUGGUCGCACAUAAGGGUCGGGGUGAAGGAGAUAAACGAGGUACAUCAUCAAUUAUUGACCGACAGGCAUUCUACCUCUACGCCAGCCACCAAUUAUCCAUCCUCCUCUGUCUCUGCAUCGUCAUCUGCCUCCGCCUCCUUCGCUCACCCAAUCCACAUCCACAGCUGCAACUAGUCUCAUCUUCAGCAGUCAGUCGGGAGUAUGGUCUGACCCACCAGUACUGUCGUGCUGGUUUCGGUGACGAAGACACGGCGUGA